AUAUGUUAAUGCGCGGGCAAAUAAAGAGAGAUGUCAAGUAAAACGCAGGUAAAAUAUACAUAUUGUUGCGCCUGAAAAUAAAAGCCAUUUGCUGCUAUUUUCACUCUGCGUGGUGGACGCAAAGAAAAAGCCAACGAAUGGGAAUCAUUUGGACGCAAUCCUUUUACACAGUAUCUGUCUUUUUUUUCUGCAAUUGAACACAUAAAUGUGACACAGUUCGGAAAUCCACUUUAGUUGGUGUACGGUGUGGUGUAUGGUUUCCCUGUUUCUCAUCCUCCUCCUCCUCCUCCUCCUCCUUCUCCGCAUCUCAUUAUCCUCCAGAGCGUCUCUAGGUGAUUUAGCGCCGCCAGUCUGGAGCAGGUGUUCAACAUGGCGAGCUUGGCGAGCGGAUCUCUCUCUCUCACACUCUUCACCUGUCUCGUUUUAACAGCUUUUCUGCGUGAAGGAGCUACCCAGAUAAUAACAGCACAGGGUCAGAACCUGGUGACGGCGAACGUGUCGGUGAUCGAGGGUGAAACGGCCACCAUCAGCUGCCGGGUGAAAAACAACGACGACUCAGUCAUCCAGCUCCUUAACCCCAACAGACAGACCAUUUACUUCCGAGAUGUCAGACCUCUUAAGGACAGCCGUUUUCAGCUGGUUAACUUCUCUGACAACGAGCUGCGUGUGUCACUGUCCAACGUGACGCUCUUGGAUGAGGGAAGGUACGUGUGCCAGCUUUACACGGACCCCCCGCAGGAGGCCUACGCCGACAUCACCGUCCUGGUUCCACCAGGCAACCUAAUCAUCGAGUCACGUGACGAUGUGGUGAGCGAAGGGAACGAGACCGAGAUAACCUGCACGGCCAUGGGCAGCAAGCCCGCCUCCAGCAUUGUGUGGAUGAAAGGAGAUCAGAUCCUACAAGGUGAGGAAACAGCCGAGGAGACGUAUGACAGGAUGUUCACCGUCACUAGCAGGCUCAGGCUCACCGUCUCCAAGGAGGACGAUGGAGUGGCCGUCAUCUGCAUCAUUGACCAUCCAGCUGUGAAGGACUUCCAAACCCAGAAAUACCUGGAAGUGCAGUAUAAACCAGAGGUAAAGAUUGUCGUGGAGUUUCCAGAGGGCCUGACAAGAGAAGGGGAAAACCUCGAACUGAGCUGCAUGGCAAAAGGCAAACCUCAGCCUCAUCAAAUUAACUGGUUCAAAGUAGAUGAUGAUGUUCCAUCCCACGCCGUGAUUACAGGCUCUGAUCUCCUCAUCGAAAACCUCAACAAGUCCUACAAUGGGACUUACCGUUGCGUGGCAUCUAACUUAGUUGGAGAAGCGUACGAUGAUUACAUCCUCUAUGUAUACGAUGUUCUCACCACAACCCCCUCACCCACUACUACAAUCAUCCACCCUGAUGCUGCCCAAGAUUCGAGAGCAGAUGCAGCUGCACAGAAAAUCGACCACGCUGUCAUCGGCGGAGUCGUCGCUGUGGUUGUCUUCGCCAUGCUCUGUCUGCUCAUCGUUUUGGGACGCUACUUUGCCAGACAUAAAGGUACCUACUUUACCCAUGAAGCCAAAGGAGCAGACGAUGCAGCUGACGCCGACACAGCCAUCAUCAAUGCCGAGGGAGGGCAAACCAACACGGAUGACAAAAAGGAAUAUUAUAUCUAACUCUGACUCUGUGUGUCUCUCCUGCUGGACUAGAAGUACGAGUUCUGUCGGGUUUGGAAGAAAGGGGGAGGGAAUGGGGUGGAGGGUUUUUGUGGGGGUUUAUGGGUUAUGGUUAUCAGACUGCAUUUAGACAACGAAGAAGAGAGAAGAGGAAAAGAAAGAGGAGCAAACGCUGCCAUCGAGACUGAAGAGGUGUAGGAUGGAGGGCUCACAUUUUCGAAACAAGCUUCACUAUCCGACACCUCCCAGCCGCCUCCCGCCGGUGCCAGUUUGGUUCAGUUUUUUUCAACAUUCGUGGAAAAAAAAAGAAAAAAAUAUUUGUGCCUUGUUCUAUUUAUUUCAAAAGCACCAACUUCUUGUUCCUGCACCCACGACUUGCCGGCAUACUGCUGGCUCUCUUAGCAGGCCCAAUCAGUCCACGCUUCUCCGACGCCCGCACACCAAACACACACUCCAGCGCUCACGCUGUUCCGCCGGUUAAACAGAACAAACGCUAAUACAAAUGAUGCCAUUCAGCCUCACAAGAACUGUUUACAUCUUUUUAAUGGGUCGGUUCCAAGUGAUUUAUUAGUUAUUCUUUUUUCUUGAACCCCUCUCCCCAAAAAAUACCCCCCUUCCCCCACAUAUUAGAUUUUUAAGGUGGGUGAUCUUGUUGUGACAAACCUGAGCUGAAAUCAGUUUUUUUUUUGUGCUCUUGCAUUAUUUAAUAGCUCUUCUGUAUGUGCAAAUAACCUGCUCGUGCUAGUGUUCAUUCAUUUUUUACUCUGUGUCGUAAAAACGCCCAGCGAGUGGUUUAAUGAUAAUUACAAUCACACAUUAAAAACGAAUGCCAAAGCAAAUAGUGAACUAACCACGGAUUGGAUGGAUAGCCCUCAUAUCAAACAAAAGACAUGCAGAGAUGCCAACAUUGCAAAAAAGAAAAAAUCAUAGCGGGCAAAAUUCAGAAUUUGACCACAAACUCCCUAACCUACUGUAUGUUUGUGUAAACCAGGGCAGGUUUUUUUGAUGUGUGCCAAGCAACAGUGAGAAAACAAGGCUUUGUGUUUUGCAACAGGAGAAAAAACGUUCACAUGCCGUCUGGAGAACUGGGGUUCAAAUCCCGACUCCAAAGAGAGCAAAAUCUCUGUGUUGUCUGGGAGGGAGGGACAAAAUGCUGUGUCUUUCCUGACAAUCGCAGUGACACUAGCCAAUCAUGUGAGCAUAUGUUUGUUGUACAGGAUAGAGUGUGUUACGUUGCAGUCUACAGAGACACGACUGGCUGAAUUUACGCAUGGUGGAGGAAGCAAGUGUUAUAGUUUACCCUUCCUGUAGGUAGCUGCUGAUAUCACGAGAGCUGACGUUUGUGUAGAACAAAAUUGAGAAGAAAAUAUCCGAGAAAACAGCACAAUUUGGCCUGUAUUAUAAGCAGCUACUUAAGUUUUGUCUGAUCUAAGAAACCAUCAUCUUGUUGGCUGAAGGUCAAGGAAUGUGAAUUCAUAGGGCAAAGUUCACACAGAUAAAGUAAAGGAUAAAGUAAAGUCCUGCACGUCUCGGGGUAAAGUCUUUCACAGCUCGUGCUUUCCCCUUCAGUGAAUUGACCUUUCUUCGUUCUCGAAUUUUAUUCACGCUCAGCCAGACCGUUGGUUUAACUGAAAAAGCAGGAAAGCAUUGCUUUCAUAUCACCAGGCCAAGAGGUCAAAAAUCAUAAAUGCUACAGCUACGCCGCAUAUGUUGGCACCUCUGGACAUGUUUCAGACUACAAAGCAGCUCUGUGUGAUUUCUCACACAGAGCUGGCACCUGAAACCCGAGAGUAGGACUGGUUAAUACUGAGACUGGUUACAUUUAUAAGUGCACCCCUUAAACAAAACUAGAGUAACAGAAGACCUACAUUCAGAUUCAGUCUGUAAAAUCUGAGCCAUUUGACCUGUGUGUGUGUGUGUGUGUGUGUGUGUGUGUGUGUGUGUGUGUGUGUGUGUGUGUAUGGGGCCUCCUACCAGCUUAAUAUGUUUAAAAAUCUACUCUUUAUCAAUAACAUUCCUCCUUUUUGUGUAUGACUCUGGAGGCCUUAUAUAUUUUUAUUCCUUGUUUUUAUCCUUUUUUCCCCUCCAUUGUGUUUCUUCACAUCUAAGGAUAGUAUAUGAUUAGUAUAGAAUAUAUUAAGUAACAUAGAGCAGUAUUUGAAGAAGUCGGCAUACUUUUUACAUAUUGGCAUUCUCAUGGCUGCACAUCAUUUUAUCGGUGGUGGAGUUAUUAUGGGAUGUAGAGAAUGUUGUUAAUUUUUCUUUUGUUGUAUAAAUAAAUGGCUGAGUUUAUUUAACAGGAUUUUAAAACCGGAAAUUAAUGUGGCAAUUUAGAAAUGGUAAUAUAUUCUGAUAUAUUUAUGUCCGUCUCUGCCUUGCUUUGUUUGUUUGUAAAGUGUUUUCUGGGUUAAUUUGAACGUACAGUGCUUUUGAUCUCACUCACCUACAUUGCUGAGGAACUGAAGAGCUGACGGGAACUAUGUUUUAAAAUGUUUCAGACGUCUCCCAGGGGUGGAUAAUCACACAGGUAGAUUUUCUAUCCAGUAGGUUCAACCAGAAAAAGAACAAAAAAUAAACAACAAGCAAAAUGUGCUUAAUGGUGGUGUGAUGCAUCCUGUUGCUAUAGCGAUUGCUGCCCUUUCAAUUUCCCACCACUCACAGCACUACACAGGCAGGUUGAGGUGCAAUGUGGUUGACUGAAUGAUGGAUUUUACAUCACAGAUUAAUUGACAUCUAGAGAUAGUUACAUUGUACAAGUAACAUUGUAGUAACGUAUAUCAAGGGAAAUAAAGACGCUCGGCAGACCAGCACACCACAUCCGCACACUACAUCUCACAGCCAAAACUUGCUGAGGCAUAAACACAGUGUCCUACAUGAUCAGAUACUUAUUUGUUUCCUUUCAGUCUGUAUUAAAGCACCUACUAUAUAAUGGUAGCUACAAACUUUUUGUUUAUGGUUUGUGUUUGCAUUUGCUUCUUUUUUAUGUUAAUUAUUCAUAUUGUUUGUUAGCUACCACAUUUUGUUUGUACAACACUAUUUUUAUUUGUUUUAUGUUUACCAUUACUUUAGUUUGUUUUGUUAGCUGCUACAUUUUUAAUGUUUUUAAAAUACACACCAUUUUUUUAGCUAUCAUUUUGUUUAUGUUUUAUGUCAGGCACCAAAUUUUAUACCUGCCAAUUUUGUUUGGUAUAUUAUAUAUACCACUAUUUGUUUGUUUUGUGCUAACUAAAAUGUUGUUUGUUUUCCCCACUUUUUUGUUUGUUUUGUUACUACUUUUUGUUUUUUAGCUACCACUUUUGCUUGUUUUAUGUCAGUUACCUUUUGUUCAUGUUUUGUUAGCUAUUUUGUUUGUUUGAUUGGAUUUUACUACUAUGUUGUAUGUUUGAUACCACAUUUUGUUUGUUUCAUGUUAUACUUUGUUUUAUGUUAGCUGCCAUUUUUGCUUAUGUUACAGUAACUGCGAAAUCUUUUAUGUUUAAUGUUAGCUACCAAAUUUGUUUGUUUUAUGUUAGCUACCACACAUGUUUAUGUUUUAUCUUAGCCACCACAUAUGUUUAUGUUUUAUCUUAGCUACCACAUAAGUUUGUGUUUUAUCUUAGCCACCACACAUGUUUAUGUUUUAUCUUAGCCACCACAUAUGUUUGUUUUAUCUUAGCUACCACAUAAGUUUGUGUUUUAUGUUAGCUACCACAUAUGUUUAUGUUUUAUGUUAGCUACCACAUAUGUUUAUGUUUUAUGUUAGCUACCACAUAUGUUUAUGUUUCUUGGCAGCCAAAACAUGCAGCACAUCAGAGUUUUUACCUGCCCGAUGCAUUAGCUCAUAACUUUAUAGUUUAUCCACUCCUGUUUUAUCAUCUGAGGAAUAGUUCAUGUUGAAGCUUAUCUAAAUGUCUACAUUACAGACCUUGAUAUAAAGGACAUUAAUA